AUGAAACCCCAACCGGUUCCGGCAGCCCAGUCGGUUCCGGCAGCCCAGCUGCCCAGCAUCCCAGUCACAUCCAGCAGCCCAGCUGGUUCUGACUGCCCAGCUGCUCCUGGCAGCCCAGCCGGUUAUGACAGCCCAGCCGGUUCCGGCAGCCCAGCUGCCCAGCAGCCCAGACGCUUCAAGGAGCCCAGCCGGAUCUGCAGCCCAGCCGGUUCUGGCAGCCUGGUUUGUUCUGGCAGCCCAGCUGGUUCCAACAGACCAGCUGGUUACAGCAGCCCAGUUGGUUCAGGCAGCCCAGCUGGUCCCGGCAGCCCAGUCAGUUCCGGCAGCCCAGCUGCCAGCAGCUCAGUCGCUUCCAGCAGCCCAGCCAGAUCUGACAGCCCAGUCGCUUCCAGUAGCCCAGAAGGUUCUGACAGCCCAGCCGGUUCCAGCAGCCCAGUCGGUUACGGCAGCCCAGCUGCCCAGCAGACUAAUCACUUCCGGCAGCCCAGCCGGUUCUGA